AGUACACAGAGGAGGCGAGCAACUGUGUGAGCUUCGUCAUGUAUAUCACAGAGGAAAAGUAGCACUCCAAGAACAAGAUACUGUUGACUUCUCCUUAGAAAUUUGCGAGGACGGUCACCUCUCCAGCAAAGGCAUCUCUUGCAAAUGGUUUUUUUUUACAGGACCGCUCCAGGGUUUGAAUGGGGAUGCGGUCUCGGCAGCGCGUUCCCUCCCGACCGCUAGGGGGCGAGCGUCGGAGAGCCUCUCUUCCCGCGCGGACCGGCCGCUCUUGGCGUCGCGGACUGGGAGACGGUACUUCCUGUCGGGCUUGCCGGGAGUGGCGCGCCGCUUGUGCGGGUGCUUCUUGCCGAGGCGGUGGGGCUCGGUCAGCCAUGGAACACUCGGGCCCCGGCGAAGCGCCGGGCGCAGACGCGGCGGGACCCGACCCUCAGCUGGCGGUCACCAUGGGCUUCACAGGGUUCGGGAAGAAAGCUCGCACAUUUGACUUGGAGGCCAUGUUUGAGCAAACUCGAAGGACAGCUGUGGAAAGAAGCCGGAAAACACUGGCGGAACCAGUAUUUGGAAGGCUGGGCCAGAGGUGGCUGUCACCAUUGCUUGUUGACCCAGACAGUAUAGAACAUUGUGACAUGCACUGAAUGUGGCUGCUGCUGUUGGCUCCCUGCUUUAAUGAGCUGUAGGAGACACUUACUGAAGCCUUAUUUCCAGCCUGGCUUGAUACCAGAUGGUUGGCAUUUCUAGGUCUCACCUCAGGGUCUUCAGAGGACAUUGGUGCUGUGCUUUCUUUGGAUCUAACUCAGAUCUUUCUUACACUAGAAGAAGGUCUGGAGUCUGGGAACAACUGGAUUUAAAUCAGCGCUGUGAUAGUACUUGUCAUGUUAACGUGUUUCGUCUUGUUUAUUUUCUUGUUUUUGUUUGUAGUUUUGAGACAGGGUCACACUCUGUAAUCCUGGGUGACUUGGAACUCCCCAUGUAGACCAAGCUGGCCUUGACUUCUGGCAGUGUAUCUACCUCAGUCUCCUGAAUGCUGAAAUUAUAGGAAUGAGCCAAUAUCUUGAUCAUAUCCCAAAUUCAAUUUCAAUGAUGGAGAUAUGGGGAUCUUACUGUGUUACCCUGGGUGGGCUUGAACUCAUGAGCCAAGUUAUCCUUUGGUCUCAGCCUUCUGAGUAGCAAAUAUUAUAGGAGUGCACCACUGUGCCCAGUGGUUGGUUUUGGUUUUAAAAUGAUGAAUUGUGGGGCUGGGGAGUAGCUCAGUGAUGAAGAGCACUAGUUCUUCCAAAGCACCUGGGUGGAAUUCCCAGCACCCACUUGAUGGCUCACAACUCUGAACUCCAGUCCCUGGGAGAUGACGCUUCCUUUUGGCAUCUGUGGAGACUGCACACAUAUGGUGCCCAGACAUACAUGCAAGCAAAAUAUUCAUACAUAUAAAAAUAAUAAAUAAAAUGCUCAAAAAUUAAAAUGGUGAGUUAUUUAGCAGUAACAUUUAAAAUUUGGUUGGUGAACUUGAAACUAGUAUCUUUGGAAGUAAGCCUUUUAUGUGUGAUGAAAAGGCUGUUGUGUACAUAAAUAGUUUUUUUGGACAGGCUCUCACAAUUUAGUCUUCGCUGUCUUGGAACUUGUCAUGGAGACCAGAUUGGCCUGAAACUUAUGGGAUGAAAGGCUUGUGCAAUCACGCCUAUUUUUUUUUUUUUAAAGACAAAGUCUUACUAUGUAGUCUGAAACUUGGUAUGUAGGCUAGGCUAGCUUCUAACUCAUAGAGAUUUAUCUGCCUCUACCUCCCAAGUGGUAGACUUAAAGGCAUAUGAUGCCAUGCCUGGCGGCUGCUGCUGCUGUUACUACUACUACUACUACUACUACUACUACUUCUUUUUAAAAUAUUUCAUUAUGAGAAAUUUCAAAACUGUAAGUAUUACUAUUUAUAUAAGCUACUAUAAUCAAUUCAUGGCUAGUAUUAUUUCUAUUUGCUUUUCCUUUCUAAAUAUUUUGAGAUAAAUCUUAGCCGUGUUAUGUCAUCAAUAAAUAUCUUAGUAUGUAUCUACCCCUCUUCCAUUGCCUGCCCCCUCCGAUGCAGCUGAUUGAACCUAAUUCUUGCAUAUGGUUAGUCAGGUGCCCUAACAGUGACAUAUUUCCUUGUUCAUGUUUUUGAGACAGUCUUAAGUCACGUUAGAUGCCUUGAGCAUCUUAUUUUAGUCUCAAAUUUGGGAUCACAGGGAUGUUCCACCAUGUCUAAUAGUAUAUAUGUCUCUGUCUCCAUGGAAAGCUAGACAUAGUAGCAUGCAGCUCUAAUCCCAGUGCCCCUACAGCAAGAUGACUUGGAGACAGGAGAAUCCUUUCAACUUGUGGGUCAACUAGUCUGAUGUACUCAGUGGCAAAAGAAAAGUACUCUACUUGACAAGGUAGAGGGCAAGGACCGAAACCUGAAGUUGAUUUCCAAUCUUCAUGUGCAC